GAGCAAAGAAAUGAAAAGGACAUGAAGUUGAAUUGAAUAACAAAUUGAUGAGAUUUGAAAGUUGAAUUGAAUCAUUUAAUUUUAUUUUUGGGUCCAUAAUAAUAAAUAUAAAAAAAAAACCAGAUCUAUUCCGGUCCGACCCGGUCCAGUCCAGUCCACUCUACUUCACCAACCCCAAUCUCUAAAACCCCUAUUUAUACCCACUCUCACACUCUCUUCAUUUCUCACACACUCUUCUCUCCAAUCUCUCUCACACUAUCACAGUUUCUUCCAUUAACUGUGUUAAGUGUAACCACCAUGUCUCUCACCGUAGAGAAAACCACCGCUGGCCGUGAAUACAAGGUCAAGGACCUUUCACAAGCCGAUUUUGGCCGUCUCGAAAUCGAGUUGGCCGAAAUCGAGAUGCCUGGACUCAUUUCCUGCCGUACCGAGUUCGGUCCAUCACAACCCUUCAAAGGUGCUAGAAUCACCGGAUCUCUUCACAUGACGAUCCAAACCGCUGUUCUAAUCGAAACCCUAACUGCUCUCGGUGCUGAAGUCCGUUGGUGUUCUUGCAACAUUUUCUCAACUCAAGAUCAUGCUGCCGCCGCCAUAGCACGUGACAGCGCCGCCGUUUUCGCCUGGAAAGGUGAGACUCUUCAGGAGUAUUGGUGGUGUACUGAACGUGCUUUGGAUUGGGGUCCAGGUGGUGGUCCUGAUCUGAUUGUUGAUGAUGGUGGUGAUGCUACUUUGCUUAUUCAUGAAGGUGUUAAAGCUGAAGAGCUUUAUGAGAAAACUGGUGAGGUUCCUGAUCCUAGUUCUACUGAUAAUGUUGAGUUUCAGCUUGUGCUUACUAUCAUUAGAGAUGGAUUGAAGACUGAUCCUCAAAGGUAUCGUAAGAUGAAGGAGAGACUUGUUGGUGUUUCUGAAGAAACUACUACUGGUGUUAAGAGGCUUUAUCAGAUGCAAGCUAAUGGAACUCUUUUGUUCCCUGCUAUCAAUGUCAAUGACUCUGUUACCAAGAGCAAGUUUGACAACUUGUAUGGAUGCCGUCACUCACUUCCAGAUGGUUUGAUGAGGGCUACUGAUGUUAUGAUUGCUGGGAAAGUUGGUGUUGUCUGUGGAUACGGAGAUGUUGGAAAGGGUUGUGCUGUUGCCUUGAAGCAAGCUGGAGCUCGUGUGAUCGUGACUGAAAUUGAUCCAAUCUGUGCUCUUCAGGCUCUCAUGGAAGGUUUCCAGGUUCUUACUUUGGAGGAUGUUGUCUCUUAUGCUGACAUCUUUGUUACCACCACCGGUAACAAGGAUAUCAUCAUGGUUGAUGACAUGAAGAAAAUGAAGAACAAUGCCAUUGUUUGUAACAUUGGUCACUUUGACAAUGAAAUUGACAUGUCUGGACUUGAGAACUACCCUGGUGUGAAGCGUAUCACCAUCAAGCCUCAAACUGACAGGUGGCUAUUCCCCGAGACCAACACUGGCAUCAUUGUCUUGGCUGAGGGUCGUUUGAUGAACUUGGGCUGUGCCACCGGUCACCCUAGUUUUGUCAUGUCCUGCUCCUUCACCAACCAGGUCAUUGCUCAGCUCGAGUUGUGGAAUGAGAGGAAGUCUGGAAAGUAUGAGAAGAAGGUUUAUGUUUUGCCUAAGCACCUCGAUGAGAAGGUUGCUGCACUUCAUCUUGGCAAGCUUGGAGCUAAGCUCACCAAGCUUUCCCAAUCUCAGGCUGAUUACAUCAGUGUGCCAGUUGAGGGUCCAUACAAGCCUGCUCACUACAGGUAUUGAGAGAUGAUCGUGGUGGCGAUGAGACGGAGGGAAAAUAAAAUUGUUUUUGUUUCUUAUGAAACUGCUUGAUUGUUUCAUUUUCCUUGUUGGAUUUUUGAUAUUUUAGACUUUUUUCAGAAUUUGUUAGAUGAAUGGUAGGUUUAUGUGAUGUCGUAGUGGUGGGUUGGGUAAGAGGAAGGCAACCUAUUGGUUUCUCUUGAUCGAGACCAAAUGGGUUUGAAUAAUGCUUUGGUUGGGGUUUGUGUGAGAAUUAUGUUUAAUUUGAGCUUUUUGUAGACGUUUAAUGUUUUUUAAAAAAAAUGAGAAAAUAGUUUUCUUGCA